ACACCUACCAUAGGACAACCGGAAGUUGAGCUGCCACGCUUGUGCCUCCACUUCCGGACAGAGAGUAACUCACCUGUGGUCUUUACCAAAGGUGGAUGGAGGGAGAGGCGAGUGUCCUCGGCCUCUGUCGCUACUGCCGCUCUGUCCUCCGUUCACCCCUCCUCCGGGGCUUGGCGACUGGGUCCCCGGGGACGUCCCUCGGGCGGAGCCCGCGGCCCCUGCCAUGGAUGAGGGCACUUCCCGCAUCCGCCGGCGGGUGUCUGUCCGCAAAAGGAACCGGCCGAGCCUAGAAAUCCUUUUUGCCGCCCCCACCGCGGACGAGCUCAAGCCGAGCGAUGACCAGAAGGAGGAGGAGGAGGAGGAAGAGGAGAUGGCAGCUGGAAGCCCUCGACGGAAAGCUGUGGGCGUACCGCCGGCCGAGAAUAAUGAUAGUGAAGAGGACAUGUUUGGUGACUAUGAUAGCUUUGCUGAAAAUUCUCUUAUAGCUCAAGUUGAUGACCUGGAACAAAAAUAUAUGCAACUUCCUGAAAAUAGGAAGCAUGAUACAGACCUUGCCACCGAAGAUCUUUGUUCAGAAAACAUCAGAAAUAACCAGCUCAGCAUCACUACUAUAGGCAGCUUUACUGAAUUAAAAACAGAUGAGCACACAAAAAAACAGAGUGGCCAUGAAGAUGUCUCUAUUAAACCUGGAGCUGAUCUUUUGUAUGAAUUGCCUUCUUCACAGGUUUUAUACUUUGAAAAUUUGCAGAACUCUUCAAAUGAAUUCGGCAAUCAGUCUACUAAAGAGCGGGAUUGGAACUCAUCCUCUCACAAAACUAUAAAUGAAGAAUUGCCCCAAAAUAGUAUAGAGCAACCCCAGCAAAAUGAUGAAUUCUCUUCUAAAGACAGAACUAGUUCAGAUGUGAAUAGGAGAAAAAGUCUUAAAGAUCAUCUAAAAAGUGCCAUGACUGUCAAUGCAAAGGCCCAAAUACCAAUAUUUUCUAGGACUAAACAGCUCAAAGAGACUCACCUGUCUGAAGAAAUUAAUGUUGCUAAGAAAACAAUUGAGUCAUCAUCAGAUGAUGUUGGUCCUUUUUAUUCAUUACCCAGCAAAGUGAGAGACCUUUAUGUUCAGUUAAAAGGAAUUGAAAAAUUAUAUGAAUGGCAACAUACUUGCUUAACCUUGAAUUCUGUGCAAGAAAGAAAAAAUUUAAUAUAUUCCUUGCCAACUAGUGGUGGAAAAACCCUCGUGGCUGAGAUUUUAAUGCUACAAGAACUGCUUUGCCGGCGCAAAGAUGUUUUAAUGAUUCUACCAUAUGUGGCAAUUGUCCAAGAAAAGAUUUCAGGUUUGUCAAACUUUGGCAUAGAACUGGGUUUCUUUGUUGAAGAAUAUGCAGGAAGCAAAGGAAGAUUUCCUCCAAUUAAAAGAAGGGAAAAGAAAUCACUAUACAUUGCCACUAUUGAAAAAGGACAUGGUCUAGUCAACUCCUUGAUUGAAACUGGAAGAAUUAGCAGUCUGGGUCUGGUUGUUGUAGAUGAGGCAUUAUAUCCAGAUUUACUUUUCUCCCUUUUUUUAAAAAAUCUCAAGUUGCACAUGAUUGCUGAAGGAAGCCGAGGGGCUGUAUUGGAAAUGACCCUAGCAAAAAUCCUCUACACUAGUAAAACAACUCAAAUUAUUGGUAUGAGUGCAACUUUGAACAAUGUUGGAGACCUGCAAGAAUUCCUUCAAGCAGAAUAUUACACCAGUCAGUUCAGGCCAGUUGAAUUAAAAGAAUAUCUAAAAAUAAAUGAUGCAAUAUAUGAGGUUGACAGCAAAGCUGAAAAUGGCAUGACUUUUUCACGUCUUCUUAAUUAUAAGUAUUCUGAUGCUCUGAAAAAGAUGGAUCCUGAUCACCUGGUAGCAUUGGUGACAGAAGUUAUUCCCAAUAAUUCCUGCUUAGUUUUUUGUCCCACUAAGAAGAACUGUGAAAAUGUAGCAGAAAUGAUAUGCAAAUUUUUAAGCAAGGACUAUCUGAAACACAGGGAAAAAGAAAAACAGGAGAUAAUUAAGAAUUUGAAGAGUAUCUGCAGUGGCAACUUGUGUCCUGUUUUAAAGCGCACUAUCCCAUUAGGAGUUGCUUAUCACCAUAGUGGUUUAACGAGUGAUGAAAGGAAGCUCUUGGAGGAAGCCUAUUCCACAGGAGUUCUCUGCCUUUUAACCUGCACAUCCACCCUAGCAGCAGGUGUUAACCUACCAGCUCGAAGAGUUAUUUUGAGAGCCCCCUAUGUUGCUAAGGAAUUUUUAAAGAGAAGUCAAUAUAAACAGAUGAUUGGCAGAGCUGGCCGUGCUGGAAUAGAUUCUGCUGGGGAGAGUAUCCUUAUAUUGCAAGAAAAAGACAAGCAACAGGCAUUGGAAUUAAUAAGCAGACCAUUGGAAAACUGUUACAGCCAUCUUGUUCAAGAAUUCACCAAGGGAAUCCAAACUUUGUUUCUCUCAUUGAUUGGUUUGAAGAUUGCAACACAUCUUGGUGACAUAUAUCACUUUAUGAGUGGUACACUUUUUGGUGUUCAGCAAAAGAUUUUGUUGAAAGAAAAAAGUCUCUGGGAAAUAACUGUUGAAUCACUUAAAUACCUGACAGAAAAAGGACUCCUCCAAAAUGACACCAUUUUGACAGAAAAAGGACUUACACAAAAAGAUUCUAGUUAUAAGUCCGAAGAAUGGUUCCAGUAUAGUUUUCAUAUUACAAAGUUGGGAAGAGCUUCUUUUAAAGGAACUAUAGAUUUGGCUUAUUGUGACAUUCUCUACAGAGAUUUGCAGAAAGGUCUUGAAGGCCUUGUGCUUGAAAGCCUUCUUCAUCUAAUUUACCUAACCACUCCCUAUGAUAUCGCUUCUCAGUGUGACCCUGAUUGGAUGAUAUAUUUUAAACAGUUUAACCAGCUCAGUCCAGCAGAACAAAACGUGGCUGCUCUUGUCGGAGUCUCUGAAAACUAUAUUGGGAAGAAAGCAUCAGGUCAAGCUAUCAAGAAGACGGUGGACAAGGACAUAGUGAACAGACUAUACCUGUCUUUGGUUCUUUAUGCCUUGCUCAAAGAGACCAGCAUUUGGAGUGUGUCUGAAAAAUUUAAUAUGCCGAGAGGAUAUAUACAAAGUCUUCUCACUGCAGCUGCCACCUUCUCAUGUUGUGUGUUACAUUUCUGUGAGGAACUUGAGGAAUUUUGGGUUUAUAAAGCCCUUUUGGUAGAACUUACCAAGAAACUGACCUACUGUGUAAAGGCAGAACUAAUCCCUCUCAUGGAAGUGACUGGAGUUUUAAAGGGUCGAGCAAAACAGUUAUACAAUGCAGGUUAUAAAAGUCUAGCACACUUAGCUAAUGCAAAUCCUGAAGUGCUAAUAAAGACAAUUGAUCAUUUAUCAAGACGCCAGGCCAAGCAAAUUGUUUCAUCAGCAAAGAUGCUGUUGAAUGAAAAAGCAGAAGCUUUGCAAGAAGAAGUAGAAGAGCUAUUGAGAUUACCUGCUGAUUUCCCUCCUGUUGAAAAGGCAUGAAGUGUCUGAUGAGCAUUGUCAAAUAUGAAUGACUUCUCUUUUUUUGAAUUAUUUCUUGUAUAUAUGUUUUAUUAAAAAUUCCUUAUUAUUUAUACAUGAAAA